AUGAGCCAUCCGUUACAAGGGUUUCCUUCAUUUUCUAUGCGAGAGUCACAAAAUAACUUCAAACUUUGUCCCAGAGAUGAAAUCAAAAGUCCACCUCACAUACAUGAAAAGGGCAUCUCUAUGGAUUUAAACCAAGACCCAAUUAUUCGGGAGCAGUUUAUUUGGCUCGUGGCUAAGUCAAAGUUUGCUACUUCUGGGCAUGACAGCUUAGAACCUAAGGGACCACAGGUCAUCACCCUGGGCAGAACACUUCAGCGGAAAGUGUUUCAACACAGCUUGGGCCAACAUACAACGGCAGCAUACAAUGGAUGCGUGCUUUUUGAUGGCAGUCAUCGAGACUGGAAGACAGUGCUACAGCAGGAUAGAGAGUUGAAUACACCCUCCAGAGAAUACCAGAAGUUUAUAUGUGCUCUCUCAUCUUGCAAACCAAGAUUUGGAGUGGAUCAAUUACGAGAUGACAAUCUAGAAACUUACUGGCAGUCAGAUGGCUCCCAGCCUCAUUUAGUGAACAUCCAAUUCAGAAGAAAAACAACAGUGAAGACAUUAUGUAUUUAUGCGGACUACAAAUCUGAUGAAAGCUAUACUCCAAGUAAGAUCUCAGUCAGAGUAGGAAAUAAUUUUCACAAUCUUCAAGAAAUUCGGCAACUUGAAUUGGUGCAACCAAGUGGCUCGAUUCACGUUCCCUUAACUGAUAAUCAUAAGAAGCCAACUCGCACAUUCAUGAUACAGAUUGCUGUUCUAGCCAAUCAUCAGAAUGGAAGAGAUACCCACAUGAGACAAAGUAAAAUAUACACACCCGUGGAAGAGAGCUCCAUUGGUAAAUUUCCUAGAUGUACAACUAUUGAUUUCAUGAUGUAUUGCUCAAUAAGGUGA